GUGAACAUUUAAAGAGGGAUCCAAAUCUAUCUCCUAUUUUUGUCGGCAUACAUUUACUGAAGACUCAUCACAAUCAUUUCAUACAAUACCCUGAAAUAUUGUGAUGCACUAAAAAGUUCGUCCUAUAUGGGAUGAGCAAUUCUGAAAUAAAAAGAAAGAAAUAGAAGAAUAAAGAAUUUUUUACUCCAUCAACACUAAAGCGCCAAAUCUCCAUAAAUGCAGAGAGCGCUUUAAUGUUGAGAGGAAUGUUUCAUCUGGAUUAUUGACGAACAAGAUCAUCAGUUCAUCUUCUUGCUAUAUUAAUAUGAAUCAACUGUCCCUCUGUUACAAGUUAAGAACCUUUGUGUUUUAAACUUUAUAUACUUUUAACUUUCUGCCCAAUAAUAACAAUUCAUUCAAAUAAUACAUUUCCUCAUAAAACCUUGAAUUGAAAAAAAAAAAGAAGAGUGAAAACAAACAGGGGAGUCCUAAAGCGAGUGGUAGUGCACGAGCCGUGUCCAUGCAGGAGCUCAAAAACACAUGACGCCAGUACAUGCAGAGAGCUGUUGUCAUUUCAUCAUGUUACGCAAUCCGUCCUCGUAAAAUGAAAGCUUGUAUCUCGGUUUUAAAAGCUUGUAUUUGUGGUUUUGGAAGCAUGGUAAUUCCUGUGCCCACAACUGUCGAGCAAUGAUGUCGGAUUAAUGAGCGCAUCACAUUGGAUGGAUCAUAAGCCUGUAUGUUUUUGCAGCCAGAUUGUUCAUAUCUGCUCUGGUUAUCUCUGUCAGUGAGGGCUAACUUGGCCGCAGCGUUGCCGUCGGAUGAAUGAACAGCCCGCUCGCUCUCACAGCUGGCGCACCAGCAGAGCACAGCCUUUACGCACACGGCAUCAUUGGCUGAGAGCCCACGCGUGUCAGAGGGAAGACGGCGAACCAGUAAACCGCGUUAAACGAAGCAGUAAACUAGUUGAAGAGGCUCCCGUGUGUCUACACUCGUUCUUCGUGAUCGCUCUCAGCUGCAGUUUAUCGAUCCGCGGACUGAUUGGCUUUUUUUUCUUUUCUUUCCCCGGACCGGAGCUGUCCACGGUGCUGAAACAUGAACCAAAGCGCGGGAGCGGUGCAGCACACACGGAGGUACUCCAGUGAUGUGAUGGACAUAGGAGCGAUUGCAGCAGAUAAAAACUGGAAGGGCAUCGGCAUCUCCCUGCUGGUUAUCAUACUGGUGCUCUCUCUCAUCGGACUGUCCAUUGUUCUGCUGUCAAAAGAUGACGGUGGAAAACUCUUUGGAUCACAGUUGACCCUAGAUGACCUCUUCCAAAGAAACUUCCAGAUACAUGACCCUGAUGCAAAGUGGAUCAGUGAUGAAGAAGUCAUCUUUCGCAGCUGGGAUGGUGACGUUCUAAAAGCCGACAUUCACAACAACGAGACACAACUCUUGCUGAAAAACACAACAUUCGCAACUUUUAAGGCCUCAAAGUUUGCAGUUUCUCCCGAUCUGAACUUUGUUCUUCUGGGAUAUGAUGUCAAGCAGGUGUAUCAGCACUCUUUCUUGGCAUCAUACCUGAUCUACAACCUCUUCACAAGAGAGGUGCGAGAGCUGAACCCUCCUGAGGUGUCUGAUUCAGUCCUCCAGUUUGCCUCAUGGGGCGUUCAAGGUCAGCAGCUGGUUUACAUAUUUGAAAACAACAUUUACUACAAAACAGAUGUUCAGAGCAGCUCGUGGAGGCUCACGUCCUCAGGACAGGAGGGGCUCGUCUUUAACGGCAUCACAGACUGGCUGUAUGAGGAGGAGGUGUUACACACACAGACAGCUCACUGGUGGUCACCUGAUGGCUCCAGGCUGGCCUACCUCAACAUCAACGAUACCCUGGUUCCCUCAAUGCUGUUGCCCCGCUUCACAGGCGCUCUCUAUCCAAGGGGCAAAGAGUACCCUUAUCCAAAGAUGGGUCAAAUCAAUCCCACCGUCAGACUCUACGUGGUCACUGUAGACGGGAGCUCUGUAACAACAGAACUGAGACCUCCUGACAGCUUCGAAAAGAGUGAGUACUACAUCACUAUGGUGAAGUGGGUGACUACGGAGAGGCUGAGUGUGCGUUGGGUCAAUCGAGCUCAAAACAUGUCAAUUCUUUCUCUGUGUGAUGUCACGACGAGUGAAUGCACAAAGAAACACGUGAUGACAUCAGAGAAGUGGCUCGACCGUCAGAGUGAAGAGCCAGCAUUUUCCAAAGACUGCUCGACAUUCUUCAUCACCAUGCCCUUAAAACAUGGUGGCCGUGGGACCUUUAACCACAUCACCAUGAUCUCCAACCAGUCUGAAAGUCAAGAGGUCAACCUGCGUCACCUGACAUCUGGAAGUUGGGAAGUUUCUCAAAUCUUAGCCUAUGAUGAGAGCACAAACUCAGUUUAUUUCCUAAGUACAGAAGAGGGAUCAACACAACGGCAAGUGUACAGAGUCUUCACUGUGGAUCCAUUUCAGAAAGAGUGUCUCACCUGCUCCCUCUUCAAAUCAAAGUGCGCCUACUACGACACCAUCUUCAGCCCAAACUAUCAAAACGUCAUUCUCAACUGCAGAGGUCCUGGAAUACCCCAGACUACCCUUCACCAACUCAACGAUAUGAACAAACACAAGACUCUGGAGAGCAACUCAGUGUUGAUGAAUGCUCUGAUAAACAGGACGAUACCAAAGUGGGAAAGAAGAAUUGUACAAAUCAACAACUACGCCCUUCGUCUGGAGUUAAUCGUCCCAAUAAAAAUGGAUGAAACAAUGAAGCAUCCACUCUUACUUAUUCUUGACAGCGCCCCCAGUGGUCAGGCUGUGAGUGACCGUUUCUCUCUAAACUGGGAGUCGGUGUUGGUCAGCUCAGACAGCGUCAUUGUGGCUCGUCUGGACGGACGGGGCAGCGGCUUCCAGGGUCAGAGGAUCCUGCAUGAGGUCCACCAGGGACUGGGAACUGUUGAUGUCCAGGACCAGAUCGCUGCUCUGGAGUAUCUGGUCAGAUUACCUUAUAUUGAUGGAAACAAAGUUGGAGUGUAUGGAAAGGCAUAUGGAGGAUUUCUCUCCUCCGUCCUGCUCCUGUCCUACAGCCCUUUGUUCAAGUGUGGCAUCGCCGUGGCUCCUAUAACUAACUGGAGACUCUAUGGGUCGGCAGAAACGGAGAAAUACUUUGGCUCCCCAGCGAGAGAGGAUCACAAAUAUCAGAUAUCCAGUCUCAUCAGUAACUUCUCAGUCCCUGAACCUUUGAACUUUCUUAUAAUCCACGGCACAGCAGAUGCGACUGUUCAUUUCCAGCAUUCUGCUGAGUUGGUCAAACUGCUGUCUGCAUCUAAUGUGAACUACACGCUCCAGAUUUUCCCAGAUGAAGGACACAAUAUUGCCUCCACAAAGAGCCAACACUACAUGCUAAACGCAGUGCUCACCUUCUUCAGGCGCUGCUUUGAGGAGGAGCUGGUUGUUGUCCCACAGACAUCCAAAGAAGAUGAGUAACCGCUGGGACGUCCUGCUGUGUGACAGGUUUUUUGUGAAGAAAAAAAGAGUGUAGCAACUGCAUUCAUGAGCCAACAAGAAGAGGCUGUGAUUUCUGAAAGCGCUGCUAUCUGUGAGAGCACUGCGAGAACAUUAGAGACACAGACCUGCAGUUUGUAAGAUAUGUAGCAUUACUUUGCCCCGACCAGCGUGGUGACUCCGGGGUUUUUAAUGAUUUUUAAGACUCUUGUAUUAUCACUGUUUUAAUUCUAAUGCUUCAGAUUAUAUAUUAUUAUUUUUAAUGUGUAUAUCAUGUACUGAGUAAACCAUAUAUUAGUUCAGUUUGUCAUAUUGUUGGGAAAAUAUCAAAAUUGAGAUUAUGUAGAUUGACACGAAUGUCCCUUUUUUCUUAGCAGUGUCAGACUGAAACUAGUAUUUCAAUGUACUUCAAGUCGAGGUUUUGAAUCACAUUUGACUUCUUUUAAGGUCCCUCCUCAGAGAAACCAUAUUUUAAUCUUGCUAAGAGUUUUAAUUUCAGAAAAAAAUAAUUUCUGGGGGGGCUAGAAAAACUGUCAGUACGAUACUUUCUCAUACGAUAUGAACAGAAGCACUCUGGGUGAAAGAGAAAUAGCUUUUAGAAAGAAAGCCUAGAAAUUGCUUAAGUUUUUUGCCAAGACCCCAUAAUGGUUUUUGUUCUUAUUGAAAUUAAAAGUAUUUCUCAAUAGAAUUAUGGAAUACCAAUCAUUUAUGAUCAUUGAUAACUGCAAUGAAAAAGGGAAGUAUGCGUUAAAUAUAGACAUUUUCGUAUGUCACACCUUUUUUAAACAUUGUGUCAUAAACUGUCUUGAGACUUUGUCGACUGUGUCAAACGUCAGGGAAUUACAGAAACUAGUAUUUUUCCAAUUUAUAGAGUAUAAUGUUUGUGACUGCUGUAAACUACUGUGAAUCUAUUUUUCUUUCCUUUUUACAGCUAAAAAAAAGAUUUAACUUUAAAAUACAAUUUUGAAAAGUCAUUUCAAAAAACACUUUUGGCAGGUGCCUUUACCUCAUCGUCACUCAACUCAAAGCCAACACAGUGUUCAUAGGCCUCGUAUUAGAUAUGGAAGAUAUGGUAUCGUCUGCAUAGAGGAUUACCAAAUUAUCUUAUUAGUGAUUGACUUAUUCCUCAUCUUGCAUGACCAUGGGACUGAAAAACAGUUGCCAUACAGUAGUUUAGGUCACAUGCAGAUUCUGGUAAACCACUGUGUGAGAUUUAAGCCCCAUUUAGACAAAGAUCUGUCUCUAGUUGAGGUGCUAUAACUACAGUUUACCCGCGCCAGCCGGUUACUUAAAUCCUGCAUGGAGCAUAGAUGUUGGUAUUUUUUCAUCCCCACUUCAGUCAUAAUAAUAAUAACAAUAACGUACCUUUACCUUAUGUGGACCAUUGUCCAUGAUGAAGUUUAACUUUUACAUUAAAAAAAUAAUCAAAAUACAAAAUGUUCUAUUUACCUUUUUGAAAUGUUGACAAUGUUUGUGCUAAUCUGAUAUACAACAGCAUGCUAACAGCAAUAUUUAGGCCUGUCAAUUUAGGUAAAUAUGCACUAUUUAAAGUAUGCCAAAUUAACCGGUAGAAGUUCUUGUUUGUAAGCUACUCAAUGUUUUUAACACAUGUAUUUCUGAAUUACUCGGACACUGAAUAUGAAUGAACUUUUAUCAAAAAAUGAAGCCUCUUGGGAUCAAUAUGAGCGUGACCUGGCCAGUAAUACAUCCAAUAUCCAUCCAAUUGUUCAAAUGUCAGUUUCCAUGGCAGGCCACAUCUGUUUAUUCCAGCGGUUGAUAAGAUAAAUUACCAUAAAGAACGGAAAAUGUUUUCAUAACUAGCUCCCCUGUUAUGCAUAAUCCAAUAUAAAUAAAACUAAAUACUCUAUAUGAGUUGAUCAGAAAUUAUUGUAGAGCUCAAAGAAAGACCAUGUUAAUCAUCCAAACUUGUGUAACCUUCUUGUAAAAUGUAUGCUAAGGCCCUGUGUCCACCUAGCUUUUUUUAAGGGCAGAAAAGCGCUGCAAGUCCGUUCUGUCUCUAUGACAACAGUCUGAUGACAACAGCUGCUGUAUGACCAACACUGCUCCAUUACUUUGUACUGUAAGUUUUCUAUUUUC